AUGAAAGCUGUCGCCCUUCUCAGCCUGGCUGCAGUGCCAUCGCUAGCACUCAAUAUCCCCAUACAACAGCUUCUCUUCCCCGACAAAUUGUCGGGGAGUCAUUAUAACCCCUUAUCGAACCCACCCACACGGGAAACCUGUCCGCAGCCGCCUAAGGCCGGCACCCCCAAUGAUGGCCUACACUCGUCGCAGACCUUCCUCUUCGACGAUGCCUUUCGUGCCCGUCAGGCAGAGCGGCUCUCCCGCGCGGUGCAGGUUCCGACCACAGUGGGUGAUUAUAUGACAGACCCAUACGAUGAGGGAUUCGAACCUGUAGUAGAAUUCCAGGAACUGUUGGAGGAGAUGUUCCCUCUAGUCCACAAGCACGCCAAGGUUGAGCACAUUAACCGCCUCGGUCUAGUCUUCACCUUUGAAGGUGUCGACACUUCCCGCAAGCCGCUACUCUUCAUGGCCCACCAGGACGUCGUGCCAAUCGACGACCCAUCAGACUGGACCCACCCGCCCUUCUCAGGUCUCUUUGAUGGCGAAUGGAUCUGGGGUCGUGGCUCAAGCGACUGCAAAAAUGUCCUUAUCGGACUAAUGUCCGCAGUCGAAGAUCUGCUCUCGCAGAAAUGGCAGCCACAGCGCACGGUUCUGUUUGCCUUCGGGUUCGACGAAGAAUCACAUGGCUUCCUAGGCGCCGGAGCCAUCUCUGCAGCUCUUGAGGAAAAGUAUGGCAAAGACUCUUUCGAGUUCAUUCUCGAUGAGGGCGGAAUGGGACUGCAGAGCCUGGGCGACGAGUCCGACCCCAAUGGCGAGAUCUUGUAUGCUCUCCCGGCUGUCGGCGAGAAGGGAAGUAUUGACAUAAUUAUCGACAUAGCUGUGCCUGGUGGUCACAGCUCUAUUCCGCCCGCGCACACCGGCAUUGGUAUCAUGGCGGAGAUUUUGUACGAGCUCGAGCGGAAGGAGCUGUUCCCCGCCUGGUUGGAUACCAACCAUCCCGCCCAUGGAAUGCUUGAGUGUCAGGCACGGUAUUCACCCGACCACGUUGAGACAUGGCUAUCUGAUAAGUUGAAAGCAAAUGAUCCUGCCGCUCUAGGCGAAGCUGUUGCCAGCUCCCGCGGUCCUGCAGUCCGCUAUACAAUGCAGACAUCGCAGGCGAUAGACCUGAUCCACGGUGGCGUGAAGUCAAACGCGCUGCCAGAGAAGAUAUCAGCGGAUGUCAACUACCGCGUGGCCUUACAUCAGACACCUGAUGAGGUACUCGAGCGCGCUAUCCGACUUAUCAGACCUAUUGCGGAAUCUCAUAACCUUACUCUUCGUGUCGCAUUCCCUGGUGUGCCGGAACCCACGGAAGGAGAUAUGAGCGACCGUACUCUCACCCUGUCCCCUCUUAGUGUUCCACUUUCCCCAGCUCCGAUCUCGCCAACAGAUCCGCUCACAUCGAAGGUGUGGGCACGCUUUGCUGGUGUAGCACGUAAUGUCUUCGAGUCGCACUCAAACCCUCUUUCCAAAUCUGCUUCUGGCGCGAAGCCGACAGUUGUUGUCACGGGAGAUGUCAUGACUGGGAAUACAGACACGCGCUUCUACUGGUCUCUGUCGGAGAACAUCUACCGUUGGAGUCCGUCGCGGGUCGGCGGAUCGCUGAAUAUUCAUACCGUGGAUGAGCGUAUUCGCUUGGAUGUGCAUCUGGAAGGCAUGAUGCUUUACUAUGAUUUGAUUCGGUCUUUCGACACUUGGGAUGGGGAAUCUAAGUGA